AUGGCGGAGGAGGAGAGGCAAAUCAUACAUAGAGAGCUUAAUCAGACGCCGACUUGGGCUGUUGCUGCCGUCUGCACUUUCUUCAUCGUUGUCUCUGUUCUUCUGGAGAAACUGAUUCAUAAAGCUGGAACGUAUCUAUGGGACCGGCACAAGAAAGCCCUUCUCGAUGCCUUGGAGAAGAUCAAAUCAGAGCUGAUGGUUCUUGGAUUCAUCUCUUUGCUUCUGACAUUUGGACAAAGCUACAUUUUGAAGAUUUGUAUCCCUUCAGAUGUUGCUCGUACGAUGCUCCCAUGCCCUGUUCCUGGGCCCCUUAAAGAGGAGGAAGAUGAGAAAGGGGAAGUUGCACAUCCUCAUAUUCUUCUUAGCCAUUUUCCACGUUUUGUACAGCUUCUUAACCAUGAUGCUUGGGAGAUUCGCGGAUGGAAGCAAUGGGAGACUGAGACAUCAUCCCACGAUUACGAGUUUUCAGUAGAUACUUCCAGAUUUAGGCUAACUCAUGAAACCUCUUUCGUAAGAGCACACACUAGUUUCUGGACUCGGAUCCCAAUCUUUUUCUAUAUUGGAUGUUUCUUUAGACAGUUUUUCAGAUCGGUUGGGAGAACUGACUAUUUGACAUUGCGGAAUGGAUUCAUCGCUCCCGGUCCUGUGGGCAUCUUUUGUGAUAUUUCUACUCCUAAAUGCUUCAAGGCAUUAUACUUCGGUACUGCACUUCCGGUUAUUAUCAUUUUAGCUGUGGGGACAAAGCUUCAAGCGAUUAUGACGAGGAUGGCUCUCGGUAUCACCGAUAAACACGCGGUGGUUCAAGGGAUGCCUCUUGUGCAAGGCAACGAUGAGUAUUUCUGGUUCCGUCGUCCUCAAUUGAUUCUCCAUCUCAUCCAUUUCGCAUUGUUUCAGAACGCUUUUCAGAUCACUUAUUUCUUCUGGAUAUGGUACUCCUUUGGUAAAAACUCAUGCUACCAUCCUAACUUCAAGAUCGCCCUUGUAAAAGUAGCGAUUGCUGCAGGAGUGCUAUGCCUUUGCAGCUACAUCACACUCCCUCUUUACGCACUCGUUACUCAGAUGGGUUCACGGAUGAAGCAAUCGAUAUUCGAUGAGCAGACAUCGAAGGCGCUCAAGAAAUGGAGAAACGCGGUGAAGAAGAAGAGAGGCGGGAAAGCUAGCACAACCACCAGGAGACUAGGUGGAGAUGGAAGCGUGAGCCCUACGGGAUCAACGGUUAGGUCUUCUUUGUCCGUACGGUCACUGCAGCGUUAUAAGACCACGGGGCAUUCGAUGAGAUACGAAGGGCUUGAGCCUGAGACAUCGGAUCUCGACACAGACAACGAAGCUUUGACUCCUCCCAUGUCACCAAGCGUCGAGCUUGCUGUGAAGGUUGAACCGAAUAAGCUAGAGACAAAGACCGGUGAGACUAGCCGUGGCAGUGAAAAUGAUUCUAAAGAGUUCUCUUUUACCAAGCCUGCACCGAGUAAAUCAUCACAAGACCGGUGA